AUGAGUGAAAAUGAAAAUGUCGUACUAGAAGCUAUGGAUUCGGAAGAUGAAAACGAUUUUGACUUCGGUUUUUAUGAUGGAAUGGAACUAGAAAAAUUUCUUGGACUCACGAAAAAUAACGGUAAACUUUUCUUUUUAAUUAAGUGGAAAAAUCAAGUAUCCGCAGAUUUGGUGCCAAAACAAUUAAUUCAUGAGAGAUAUCCUCAGUUAACUAUUGCGUAUUACGAGAGCAUAUUCCGUGAAAAUGAAAAUGUCGUACUAGAAGCUAUGGAUUCGGAAGAUGAAAACGAUUUUGACUUCGGUUUUUAUGAUGGAAUGGAACUAGAAAAAAUUCUUGGACUCACGAAAAAUAACGGUAAACUUUUCUUUUUAAUUAAGUGGAAAAAUCAAGUAUCCGCAGAUCUGGUGCCAAAACAAUUAAUUCAUGAGAGAUAUCCUCAGUUAACUAUUGCGUAUUACGAGAGCAUAUUCCGGUUUACUGAUACAAAAACCGAGGAUUAA